AUGCAGAUCGCCCCUCGUGUUCUUGCCGGGCUGUUGGCCUUUCUUGCCACACAGCAUGGCGCUGUUAAUGCAGCUCCAUCUGAAAUCGGAGAGACUGUAAAGGGGGAUCUUCUAGCUGAAGAGAAGUUCCAACUCACAACGUCUUCACUGUCCGAGCUCGACCAGGCUGACCCCAAGCAUGCGUCGUUAUUCUUCCCAGACGACAAACUGGACAAACGAAGUGCCAAGGCCCUUGCUUCGAAGAAAUGCAAGACAUUCCCUGGGGAUAAGCUUUGGCCUAGUCAGCCCGUCUGGAAGCUACUUGAUCUCAUCACUGGAGGCGCUCUGAUCAAGACUGUUCCCAUUGGUGCAGCAUGCUACGAUGACUACGGCGUGUAUAAUGAAGCUCGUUGUAGCCACAUUGCCGAUCAAUGGACCAAUUCUUCCCUGCACAUCGCUGAUCCAAGCUCUGUCAUGUGGCCAAUUUACCAAGGUCGCACAUGCAUGCCCAUCAACAACAUCACCACAGAGUGCACUCUAGGCGGCUACCCUUCAUACGUGCUUGACGUACACAACGUCGCCCACAUCCAACUCGCCGUCAACCUGGCACGCUCUCUCAACCUUCGUCUAGUUAUCAAGAACACUGGACACGACUUCAAUGGUCGUUCAGCUGGAGCUGGUGCUUUGGGUCUGUGGAUGCAACGCUUCAAGAGUAUCCAGUUCCUCAAAAACUACAAGACCAAGUCUUACAGUGGCCCUGCGUUGAAGGUUGCGGCUGGUGUUAUUGGAUCUGAGCUUUAUGAGGAAGCGGAUAAGCAUGAUGUUACUGUUGUUGGUGGUGAGGGUAUGAGCGUGGGUUACGCUGGUGGAUACUUGGCUGGUGGUGGACACUCGCCUUUGUCUCCUAUCUAUGGUAUGGGAGCUGAUCAGGUCCUCAGCAUCCAAGUCGUCACAGCAGACGGUCGCUUUAUCACCGCAGAUGAAACUCAAAACACCGAUCUGUUCUGGGCCCUCCGUGGCGGCGGUGGAAGCACUUUUGGUGUAGUAACAUCGUAUACCGUCAAAGCCUUCCCCAAGAUCAAAGCCGCCGUCAUGAACUUUGCCUUCGGGACAAGCGAGACGGUCUCCCAUGAAACAUUCUGGAAAGCUAUUCGCGAAUUCUGGCAACGUAUUCCAACGUACAAUAAGGCUGGCAACUAUGAGUAUUGGGGAGUUAUGCGUGGUGAGGGCGAUGCUUUGAUGUUUCUCAUGUUUCCUUGGUUUGCACCCAACCAUACUCUUGCCGAGUUAAAGACUCUCACUGGCCCUCUGUUCAAGGCUUGGAAGGAGCUCGGCAUCGAGCCUCAAGUUACGGAGUCGGAGCAUGAUAGUUUUCUUGGUGCUUGGUCGGCGGGCUUUGCACGUGAGGCUGUUGGCAGGUCCAGUACGAAAACAGCUGGUCGUCUGAUCCCAAGUGCAAAUUUUGAGGAUCCAGCCAUGUUCAACAAGACCUUUGCCGCGUUGAAGAGUCUCUCCGACAAAGGCGGAAGCAUCAUCGGCUUUGGCAUCACGGGUGGUCCAGGACCUCACCCCGACAACGCCGUCAACCCAGCCUGGCGCGACGCAGCAAUGUGGGCCAUCUCCGCCGUCGGAUUUCCAGAGGGAAGCUCUGCGGAAGUUAUCGCCGAGAGGAGCAAGACUUUGACGAAUGACUGGAUGAAGCCUUGGAGGGACAUCACUCCCGGUGGCGGCGCGUAUGCUUCUGAGGCUGAUGUCACGGAGCCCAACUUUCAGCAGUCAUUUUAUGGUGCUGACAAGUAUAAGAGGCUACUCAAGAUUAAGGAUAAGGUUGAUCCUUCGGGAUUGUUCUACGCGCUUCAAGGUGUGGGUAGUGAGAGGUGGUAUGUCACUGGUCAAGUUGAUGGAUUGCCUACUCAAAACGGACAACUCUGCAGAGUCUAG